AAAACACUUCUUAAAUGUUAACUCCUUUAUCUGAAACUUGUCUGAAUCUGCACAGAUUAUUGUUCGAAUAAUGGUUUACAUGUUUAGGGUAUGCAGGAUUUUAGAUCAAAACUCCCAGCGUAUUUGACACAAAAAAUAACACGUUUUUCCACCGUCAGGAUGGACAUUUUUUUAAGUAGCCAAAGAAAAGGACUGGUUUUGUGUCUGCUGCUGCUGGCGUUCACGCAUGAGGUUAAAGGCCAGAGGAGGAAGAAUACGGGCCGGAAAAACUACAGGCUGCAGAACGAGGAGGGACAAGCUCCUUCGUCCAAGCUGACAUGUUCUCUGGAGGUGGCCUUCAUCUUGGACAGCUCUGAGAGCUCGAAAUGCUGCUUCGAGAAGCAGAAGGCCUUCGUGUUGAAGUUCAGCACCCGGCUGGCCAUGCUGCCGGUGGACUUUGAGCUGCGGGUGCGGAUGGCUGCGGUCCAGUUCAGCAGCUCCGUGUACAUCGAGCACAGUUUCUCUGACUUCAAAGACCUGGACACCUUCCAAGGCAAAGUCAGCGCCAUGAGCUACAUCGGGCACGGCACCUACACCACCUACGCCAUCACCAACGCCACGCAGAUGCUGGUGAAGGAGACGCCGAAGAACAGCGUCAGGGUGGCGGUGCUGAUGACCGACGGCGUCGAUCAUCCUCGUAACCCCGACGUGCUGACCGCUGCCGCUGAGGCCAAAGGCUACGGCAUCAAGAUCUUUGCCAUUGGGUUGUCCAGCAUCGCCCAGCAGAGGCAGAACAACGCCAAACUCCGGGCAAUCGCCAGCGCGCCCGCUCAGCAGUUUGUCCAGAGCCUCCUGGACCCUCUACUGGAGGAGAAGCUGCUCAGAGAAAUGGGCACAGUUGCCAUAAAAGAGUGUCCUAAAUGCUUGUGUGAAAAAGGAGAACGAGGUUUACCUGGAGCUCUGGGUCCAAAGGGAGACGUUGGGGACCGAGGACCACCAGGUCAAAAGGGAGCGACGGUGAGAAACCCUUUCAUUUGGUGUAAGUCGCCUUCUUCAGAUCUUAGCGUGACUCCUUUCUUUUCAAAGGGGGAGCCUGGCUUUGAUGGUCUACCUGGCGGUGACGGCCCUCCGGGCCCUCCAGGUUACAAAGGGAGCAAGGGAGAAAGAGGAGAAUGUGGCCCUCCUGGAGCUAAAGGGGACAUUGGACCUGAGGGAUCAUCCGGCUCCCCGGGACCAAAAGGAGAACAGGGAGCAGCAGGACCGCCUGGAGACAUCGGUCCUGAAGGGCCUGCAGGACCUAAAGGUAACAGAGGACCCGAUGGGUCACCUGGACCACCGGGAGACUCUGGGAUCGGAUUCCCCGGAGACAAGGGUGAGAAAGGUCUUCAGGGAAGACCCGGUCCUCCAGGUCCAGUUGGAACCGGAGAACCAGGACUGCCGGGACCACCAGGACCCUCUGGAGCUCAGGGAAGCCCUGGACCUCCAGGAGAAGGGUAUCCAGGACCUAAAGGGGAUCGAGGAUUUGAAGGCCCACGAGGACUUCGUGGGAUUCCAGGUGUUGGGAUUAAGGGAGACAAGGGCAUCCGUGGACCAACCGGGGUUCAGGGUCCAAUCGGUCUACCUGGGGUUGGACUCCAAGGAGAAAAGGGAGACCAGGGUCCACCUGGACCAGCGGGACCAAGAGGAGCUCCAGGUGUGGGAAUAACAGGACCAAAGGGGGAUCAGGGCCCUCCAGGUGAGCCUGGUCUGCCAGGUGAGAGAGGAAAAGGAGAAGCUGGACCUAAAGGGGACCCUGGAGCUCCAGGACUGACCGGUCUGCCAGGUCAACCAGGAGAGGAUGGAAUCCCCGGACAAAAGGGGGACAUCGGGCUGCCGGGGCCCAGGGGUCCUGACGGGGCUCCGGGGAAAGGGGCCCCUGGACAGAAGGGAGACAGAGGAGACAGGGGGAGCCGAGGACUGCCGGGGGCAACGGGUCCGCAGGGGCCGAUGGGGCAAAAGGGGGUGUUAGGAAAUAUCGGGCCCCCGGGAUUAACCGGACCCCCUGGGAGGGGCAUCCCCGGUGCCAAGGGUGACGUGGGUCUGCCGGGUCCUCCUGGACCCACGGGAGAGCCAGGGAUCGGUUUGAUGGGACCCAAGGGCGACAGAGGGCAGCCAGGGCCUGUGGGGCGUCCUGGACUGAAAGGUGAAGGCUUCUCCGGUCCUCCAGGACUUCCUGGGCCCCCAGGCCUGCCUGGAGAGACCGGACAAGAUGGUUUCGGAUUACCUGGACAGAAAGGAGACCGAGGAAAUCCGGGACCUCUGGGACCCGCCGGGCCUCCGGGGAUCGGGUUGAUUGGUCCAAAGGGUGCAAUGGGUCAGAUGGGACCCGCAGGUCCUCCAGGGUUACCAGGAGAGGGCAUCCAGGGGCAGAAGGGGGAUCCUGGAUUUCAGGGGCUUCCAGGACCCAGAGGUUUUCCGGGUCAGGGUCUGCAGGGAGACAAGGGGGACCGAGGAUUGAGGGGGGAGACGGGGAAGAAAGGAGACAGAGGGGAACCGGGGCUGCUGGGACCCGUCGGACCUGCGGGCAGAGUGGGACAGAAAGGAGAGCCUGGACUUACACGGGAGGAGAUCAUCGAAAUCGUCCGGAACGUUUGCCGCUGUGGGGAAUGCAUCUCCACGCCGCUGGAGCUCAUCUUUGUGAUUGACAGCUCCGAGAGCGUCGGCCCGGAAAACUUCAACCUGAUCAAAGACUUUGUGAACGCCGUGGUGGACCGCACGUCUGUGGGGCGCAACAGCACGCGCAUCGGCGUGGUCCUGUACAGCCACAUCAACGUGGUGGUGCUCAGCCUCAUGCAGGAGGCCACCAAGGACCAGGUCAAGUCUGCCGUGCGCUCCAUGAGCUACCUGGGGGAGGGCACCUACACGGGCAGCGCCAUCCAGGAGGCCAACCAGAUGUUCAAGGCGGCGCGGGCGGGCGUGAGGAAGGUGGCCAUCAUCAUCAGCGACGGACAGGCGGACAGAAGGGACUCCGUGAGUCUGGAGAGCGCCGUGGCCGAAGCGCAAAGAGACAACAUCGAGAGGUUUGUGAUCGGGGUGGUGAACGAGAGCGACCCCCAGUCUGAGGAGUUCAAGAAGGAGCUCAACUUCAUCGCCUCGGAUCCGGACAACGAGCACGUCUUCCUCAUCAGUGACUUCAAGACGCUGCAAGUCCUGGAGAAAAAUCUGAUGCGCUGCAUUCUGGAACCGGGACAGAACCACUUGUUCAGCCCCAUCCUGUUUCAGGAGUUCUCUGAUGUCGUUCGGAAUCCUCCGUUCAGGAUAGAAACUCCGACCUUCAAGGAAGACUUCGGGACUAUUCAGACCGUGCCCGACGUUGUAGCGUCCCGACCCGACAGGAAGUCUGUAACUCUGCAGAGACCGAAGACGGAGAACGGCAGGAGCUCCUCGAAAACCCAGAGGCUGCCGUCGUUCGACAGAGAGCCCUUCAGACCGGUCACAGAGUUCCUCCCCCAGUUUGAGAUCAACAAGCCGCCAAACCACAUCAACGGCCUGUUGGAGGCAGUCGGCCCCACGCUGAGGGCCCGACCCGAUGAGGAGAUCCCGGAGGCGUCUCCGUCGACCUCCGCUCUGCUGUCCUCAGACGCCCACAUAUCAGACGGCUGCUACCAGACUCUGGACCCGGGGCCGUGUCGGGACUACGUGGUGAAGUGGUACUACGACGCCAUAGCCAACUCCUGCGCUCAGUUCUGGUUCGGAGGUUGCCUUGGAAACGAGAACCGGUUUGACAGUGAGCGGAGCUGCAGGGAAACCUGCGUGAAGUUCUGAGGCUUCGACCACAAACACCAUCGGAAAGAUGGAAAUGCUAAAACGCCGCUUUCAUCUCCUGUCUUUUAGUUUCUCUCUUUGUUUAGACGAAAAUGAACCUAAAAGGUUAGAAAAGCAUCAAACCAAAAAGCAGAUCUAGGUUUCAAACUGAGUUAGUUUUUAUUAAAUGUGUUUUUUUUUAUCUUGUUUUGUAUUUUGGAUAAAAUCAUUUUUAUGUUUGUAAUUCUAACGAAUCCAACAUUUCAGGGGCAUUUUAAAGAAAUGCUGUCAUUGUAGUUCUUCUAAAUAAAUGUAAAGCAAUGCAAGUUUGUCGUCAUGACAACAAUCCGUGCUGCAGAUGAUAUUACUUGAACCAGUUUUUUUUUUAACUUGACAUUUUGAAGCAUCGAUGAAGCCUGCAGAAGCAACAUUACCUCCCAGUUUUUACUUCCAAGCCCCUUGUUUCAGAGCAGAUCUGAUUUCUAUGAUCCCGCCUCCAAUAAAGGUAUUUAAUGCCUCCCUUUCAUAUAAUUGACGCCUCCGUCUGUAAUUCUGGAUGAUAACAAGCCUCUGCACACAUGACCUGUAGACGGAGCUCCACCGUGAGGAUCAGGAAAACCUGCAACUGGGUGUAAAAACAGUGGAAACAAAGCAGCAGGAAAAGAGGAAACGGCUCGGUUAUUUCUGCUGAUAAAUGUGCAGCUUUGUGUCCACAUUUCUGAUGCUUUCUAUGGAAAUCGUGUUUAACAAGAACUCCAUCCACAUCUUGGAAGUCCAGAUGUUUCUGUUUAAGCUUCUCGUUUGCACAAUUUUAUUAUUUAAAACUCGUG